CGUUGCUGGUUGCCGCCAGAGUUGCCAAUGUUGCCGCUUCUCUGGCUUGAUUACUUUGUUUGACUUUGUCCUCAGUUGUCCUCAGUCCUGUUUAGUUCUGUUGCUACUGUUAAUUUGUCGUUUCUUUAUCUUGAGCUUUUGAAAAAAGAAUGCAAAACAGCAUAAAACAAUAAUGGAGAAGAAAAUUUAUAAUUCUGAGUUAGUUGACGCAGCGCAAAAAGGAAAUGUCGAUGAAAUGAAAAUACAUUUCAAAAAAACAUCCACACUUCCAACAAAAGAUGAUCAAUUUUAUUUUGCUUUGUAUUUUGCAUCCUUUAAUGGAAAAGAGGACAUAGUAAAAUAUUUACUUGCAAAGAAAGUUGAUCCAAAUUAUACAGUUGGAUCAUAUUUGACUCCUUUACAUGCAGCAAUUUUAAAUAAGCACGAUAGCAUUGUUGAAUUGCUAUUACAACAUGGAGCCAACGUGGAUCCUAAAAUUAAAGUUAAAUCGGGGAAGAAAAUUGUAGAAAAAAAUUAUUUUUGUUCACCGCUUAUUUGCGCAGCUUACAAGUCAAAUGAAAAAGUAACGGAGUUACUUUUAAAGAGAGGUGCAAUUGUCAAUGUAAAAUUACAAUCAAUCGAUGUUGAUAAAAAUAAAAAAACGACAUAUUAUCAACAAUCGACAUCUGAAGAUAAAAAUGAAAAUUAUUUAAUUUACGGUACAUUUUCAUCGUACGAUUUACGUAACGAUGAUAGUAGUGAACACAGUAUUAUUGGAUUUACACCAUUGCAUUUUGUUAUUAGAUCAGGUGGAGAAAGUAUUGCUCAAUUACUUUUAGAUUAUGGCGCCGAUAUAAAUGCCCGUUGUAAAAUUGAUUUAACUCCAUUAUGUUUGGCUUGCGAUAAAAAAACAUUGAAAAUGGUCAAGUUCCUAUUGAAAGCUGGUGCCGAUAUGAAAGCUCAAGUUAACAAUGGUAAACAUUUACUUUGCUACAUUUUACAUUGCAUUGUCAUUGAUUCAUUUCAAGAAUGCUAUGAGGAAUAUGAAAAAUCCGCAUGGGUCGAAAGAAGUAAAAUUUUCAGUUAUUUCUUGAAAAUUGGCGCCGAUCCAAAUGGAUGGUCAUCGAAAGAUAAGGAAAGUGUUCUUCAUCGUGCCGCUAGUGAUGGCUUGGCACAUGCCGUUCAUCUUCUAUUGAAACAUGGAGCGAAUGUUAAUGCAGUUAAUGGAGAUUUAAAAACACCCCUUGAAUGCACCGUUAGUCAUUUACAGGAACUUUUAACUGAUAUUCAAGAUAGCUAUUCAUGCCUUUCGGAUUCAUCGUCCGAUGAUGAUUAUCAUCGUCAUGAUAUGUAUACCGAUUCAGAUGAAGAAAAUUUUUAUCAACAAGAAGCGGAAAAUCGACGAAAGGAACGUGAAGAAUAUCGUAAACGACAAUAUGAAAAUAGAAAAAUAUACAAUCUCACUCACAAUACAUAUACAUUUAAUUUGUGGCAAUAUAAAAAAAAUCAUAAUAACGAUGAGGGUUAUACUAUUUUUAAAGAUCCAAAUCCAUUUCGAAUGGUGUCACAACUUUUGACACGUGAACUUGUUAGAUUGGAAGCACUUGGCAUAAGAAAUUGUGAGCAAAAUGUAAAAUUUCUUCAAACAACAUUUGUUAAACCAUAUUAUACGAGAUGUAAAAAUGAAUUGAAAAAAUUGAAGAAAAAUAAAAUUGCCGAUGAUGUGAAUUAUUAUGAUUUUUUAUUGGCGAAUGAUACAAAAUUAAUUGAUUAUAUGAAGAAUAAAAAUAUUGCUUCUGCAAUUGAUAAGGGAAAUUGUCGUAAAUUAUUUCCAAAUUAUUGCCGAUAUUUGAGAUUGAAUGUUAAACGAGGAUUAAAGAGGAAGAGGACAAAUUUAGAUGAUGAGUCUGAUGGAUCUAGCGAUGAAGAUGUCGCAAAAGGUUCAGUUCAAAUGCGAGGAAAUCCAAAAAGAAGAAGACACCAUUUUAUUGAUGGCGAAAUGUGUGUUCUUUCUUAAUCGAUUGUAUUAAGAAAUUCAUUUCGUUUCUAUAUACUCUAAAGAUUGAUUCUUUUUUUUUUCGAAAAGUUGAAAUUUUUUUUUUCAACGCUAGUUUGCAUAAGCUGUUGUGUUUGCGUUCCUUAAAACGUACUAUACAUGAAGCAAAAAAAAAGUUUAUUGUCUUUUUAUUUAACGUGUUUAUUAAAUAAUUUAAAGAUUGAUUCUUUAUUUUAUUUUAUUUAUUUUUUUGACAAUUCGAAAAAUUAAAUUUUCUUGUUAUUUCAACGCUGUUUGCAUAAGUGUUGUGUUUGCGUUCCUUAAAACGUACUAUACAUGAAGUAAAAAAAAAUGUCUACCGUUUUUCUAUUUAACGUGUUUAUUAUAUAAUUUAAACAUAAAUGUUAUUAAAAUUUGACUUAUUUAAGUUAUUUGAAA